AGGACUAUGAGUCCCAAGAUUACCACAGAGCUGCUCAGGCAGCUGCGACAGGUGAUGAAGAGCUCCAGGUACGUCGCAGAGCCCAUCCAAGCCUAUAUCGUGCCGUCUGGAGAUGCACACCAGAGUGAGUACAUCGCGCCCUGUGAUUGCAGACGGGCAUUCAUCUCUGGAUUUGAUGGCUCUGCAGGUACUGUCAUUAUAACCGAGCAAAAAGCAGCCAUGUGGACGGACGGACGCUACUUCCUGCAGGCAGCACAGCAAAUGGAUAGCAACUGGACGCUCAUGAAGAUGGGUCUGAAGGAUACGCCGACUCAGGAGGACUGGCUAGUGAGUGUGCUCCCAGAGGGCUCGAAAGUUGGAGUGGACCCUUUCAUUAUUCCAGCUGAUCAGUGGAAGAGGAUGUCUAAAGCACUGAAAAGUGCCGGCCAUGUUCUCGUGCCGGUCAAAGAGAACCUGAUCGAUGCAAUCUGGAUGGAUAGGCCCCAGCGACCCUGCAAACCUCUGAUGACCCUGGACCUGAGUUACACAGGGAUAGGCUGGAAAGAGAAGAUUGCAGCUCUGCGUGCGAAAAUGGUUGAGAGAAAAGUCCUUUGGCUUGUGGUUACAGCCCUGGAUGAGGUAUCUUGGCUGUUUAACCUCCGAGGCUCAGACGUUGAAUACAAUCCAGUAUUUUUUGCUUACGCUGUCAUAGGAACCGACACAAUCAGGCUGUUUAUCAGUGGUGACCGCACGGCAGACCCGUCCACGAGGGAACAUCUGCUGCUUGAUUCCGCCCUGGAGGCUGAGUUUAAAAUCCAGGUGGUGCCAUAUGAAUCUGUCCUGACGGAGCUGCAGGCUAUCUGUGUGGGUCUCUCCCCCAAGGAGAAAGUGUGGCUCAGCGACAAAGCCAGCUAUGCCCUGACCGAGGUCAUCCCCAAGGCUCACCGCUACCUCACCCCGUAUACCCCCAUAUGCAUCGCGAAAGCCGUGAAGAACACAGCCGAAACAGAAGGCAUGAGAAGAGCACAUAUUAAAGAUGCUGUCGCUCUGUGUGAGCUCUUUAAUUGGCUAGAGAAAGAGGUUCCAAAGGGAUCGGUUACUGAAGUAUCAGCUGCGGACAAAGCAGAGGAGUUUCGCAGCCAACAGAACGGUUUUGUCGACUUGAGCUUUGCUACGAUUUCGAGCACGGGUCCGAACGGCGCCAUCAUUCACUACAAGCCGGUUCCCGAGACCAACAGGGCUUUGUCUGGGAAUGAGAUCUACCUCCUGGAUUCUGGCGCUCAGUACAAGGAUGGCACGACGGAUGUGACCCGGACAAUGCAUUUCGGCACCCCAUCGGCUUACGAAAAGGAAUGCUUCACCUACGUCCUGAAGGGUCAUAUAGCUGUGAGUGCAGCCAUCUUCCCUAACGGAACCAAAGGUCACCUUCUGGAUUCUUUUGCCCGCUCUGCAUUGUGGGACUGUGGUUUGGAUUAUCUGCAUGGCACAGGACACGGAGUUGGGUGUUUCCUUAAUGUGCACGAGGGUCCAUGUGGCAUCAGCUACAAAACCUUUGCAGAUGAACCCCUGGAAGCUGGCAUGAUCGUUUCUGAUGAGCCUGGGUAUUAUGAAGAUGAGUCUUUUGGGAUCCGCAUAGAAAAUGUGGUACUCGUGAUCCCUGCCAAAACCAAGUACAACUUCAGUAACAGAGGGAGCCUGACUUUCGAGCCACUAACCCUGGUUCCGAUCCAGACUAAAAUGAUCAGUAUCCCUUUACUGACACACAAAGAGUGCGACUGGGUGAACGAUUACCACCGGAAAUGCAGGGAGGUGAUCGGGGCAGAACUGAAGAGCCAAGGACGACAUGAGGCUCUCCAGUGGCUCAUCAGGGAGACGGAGCCCAUCACCAAAAUGCAUUAAGACCAACUUUUUUUAAAAAUAAUAACUUUUUACAUGGUGACAGUUAGAAUCAUUCAACCUUAAAAUCCUCUAAUCCCCCGCCCCUCGUUUUGAAAAAUGAACGUGGAUUGAGGAAGAGCCUUUGAUAACCAUUUGGAAAUAGUGAAAGGAAGGGGGCUUUUUGUUUAGCUUUUGUUUUCCUUUGUGGGGGGACAGGAGCAUUCCAUCUGUGAACAAUUUUUCUGAUAAUGAGCAAAUCUCAAAAGUGAAGUCUUUUGCUUUUGCAGUCCGGGCCUUGCUGAAACAAUCAUUCGAGGAGACAAUAACUGGAGUGUUUUAUACAUUUUGGUUUAUCACUGUGAAAACCCAGUGGUUUUAAUUCUUGGGUUCCAGUUGCCAAGACACUGCUGACGUUAACUGUUAUGCUGAUGAGCCUAUGUUUCUGAUCAGCUAAUAAAAGCUUCAGAGCCCUGAUUUGCUCUGUUGCCUUCAGUCUGUCUGGUCUCUGUCAGUAGUGUAACUGAUUUAAUUAACCUUUAAACUCAGAGCCAAGCCCAGUCCUCACCCACCAUGGGCACACCUGGCUUGAAAUACAUAGACACGCCUUUCCCUGUACUCGGAGUUGGAGAGGUGUUAAGAAACAUCAUAGGAGUAUUCUACUUUGUGGCAGAUCUCUGCACAGCAUUGCAGACAAAACCCUAUGGAGGUGUGUGCAUGCAAACGGGCAUGGCUGAACCGCCUGCCCGUAGGCUAUAGUAUUGGUCUGUCUACUUAUAUGGCGCCGAUCAGUGCAGUAUAUGAGAGUACAGGGUCAUGGAAUCAUAGCCCUUCCUGUGGUAGGUGUUUAAAGCAAACCGCUAAGGUGGACACAAACCAAACAGGCAUUCACAAUACGUUGUGUUCAUAGCUCAAGUUCCAGCUCAGUCUGCCUUUGUUUACCAGGGACUUACUCUGUCUGGAUCUCAGUACAACACACAGAGACAUCUAGUGGCUAAACAAUAGACUGCAAAUAAACAUAAUUAUGCACAAGUGCCCUGCACCCUGCCUCCAUGAUGGAGAAAAAAGUUCCAUCCUCCACAACCCACUUGUAGAUCGCCCAUGUAAAAUCCCGGUGCUCAGCGUUUUUUGAAAUGAAAUCAGAGUUAGGCCCAUAAUGUGUAAUGAUAUUGUGACAAAGUAUUCACUAAAGCACUUGAAGUAACAGUUCAGCCUCUUGAUGGAAACAAAAAUUCUGAAACCUCCCUUAGAAACUGCAGGAAAACCAAGAGUUUUUCCAGCCAGGCAGUAUGUCUGAUGCUGACGAGAUGCUGCCAAGCCCUCGUAACUCAAAUGUAUUUCUGUAAUGUUUUUGAAGGUGAAAACAGUAAUUAAGCCACACUAAAUGGCAUAAAGCUUGUUUAAAUAUUCCCCAGCAGUGCUGGAAACCGAAAUGCGGUGCAGGUGCCUGAGAACCUGCAAGUGAAACUGACUAGAAAUAGGCAAUGAAACCAACCAGUCUCAUCAUUACACAAUCCAAGCUGAGGAAAAAAACAAAAGUGAAAAACAAACAUUGAAAAAGCCGGCCACGCAGAUUUUUAAAUUCACUUUAUCCAAGGCAUAAAAACUCAGAUGAGUGGUUUUUUUCGAAGUAUUUCUUUUAUCUUGAUUGUGUCCCUGUAAGGUUGUGAUAAUAUUUCAGUGCAAAUCAGUGUUAUUUUUUUUCUUGUGUGCACAGUUUUAGUGUAGUUAUAAUCCUGGGUGAGAAAUGUCUUGCUUCCCUUUACUGGGUGCUUCUUUGCCAAAUACCUGACAUGUGAUAGGACAUGCUCAAUGUUCGUACAAGUGCUUUCUCAACAAAUCAUCACGUGGAGAUGAAUCUGUGUUAAUUGCCAUCCAAAUUAACUUGUGGACAGCUGGGAAUGAAUGAUCAGAGAGGGACCAGUUCCAUGCCAGCAGCCGUACUGCCUCAGGUUGUGAUCUUGUCUGAUCCCAGAAACUAAGCAGGGUCAAUAGUUGGAUGAGACACUUUUAGGGAAAUCCCAGCGGUAGAAAGCAAUGACCUUGAUAGCUGAAUUAGGUAUCAUACACUGAGCCAGUAUGGAGACAGGCU